ACAGCAAUAAGUUCGGGAUAAAUAAACAAUAAAAAAAACACAAUCCCAAGCAAAAACAAAAUCACAACGUCGGAAGCUCCCCUCUCUAAGUGGCGGCGACGGCGGGCGUGCACGGCGGUGGUUCACCUUCUACACUCCUCUCAUCUCGAAACUCUCCAGGACAUGUGAAACUUGUCAAAAUCAGGAUGAGCAAUGACAUAUUUGAUAGACAGUUGUUAGCAGAGAAGUUGUUGAAACUCAACAAUUCACAACAAAGCAUUGAAUCACUUUCCCAUUGGUGUAUUUCUCACCGGAAGAGAGCAAAAGAAAUAGUUGAAACUUGGGAUAAAUUGUUCAAUGCUUCCCAGAAAGAGCAGCGUGUCUCUUUUCUAUACUUGGCUAAUGACAUAUUGCAAAAUAGUAGGCGAAAGGGCAGUGAGUUUGUCAAUGAAUUCUGGAAAGUUCUUCCAGCAGCUCUCAGGCAUGUCUAUGAAAGUGGUGAUGAAGAUGGAAGGAAAGCAGUGACCAGACUAGUUGACAUAUGGGAAGAGAGGAAGGUUUUUGGUUCACGAGGUCAAGGUCUUAAGGAUGAUGUAAUGGGCAAGAAUCCCCUUCCAUCUGCUAGCAAUGGAAAGAGUUCAAAUUCUAUCAAGAUAGUGAAGAGGGAUGCCCACUCAGUGAGAAUAAAACUGGCUGUUGGGGGUUUGCCAGAGAAAAUACUAACAGCAUUUCAGCCCAUUCUUGAUCAACAUCUUAAUGAGGAAGCUUCCUUAAACAACUGCAGUGCUGCUGUGCGUGAAGUGGGUAAAGUUGUGGAAGAUGUUGAAAAUACAUUGGCUCAAGGAAACCAGUUAGGAUCUACUUUGGUGAAUGACUUACAAGAGCAGGAAGAAAAGCUUAAACAAUAUAUGGAGCAACUUGAAAAUGCGGAGGCUGCAAGGGAUUCAUUGCUUUCUCAGCUUAAGCAUGCACUUCAGGAACAAGUACAGUUGUUUCUACAAGAAUCAAGGCAAGAGCUCGUUCACACCCAGUUGCUAGUUGCACGAAGCCAGAUCAAGAAAGUGGUUGGUAUCAGGAAGCAGCUUAACCAAGCAGCAGAAGCCACAAAUCCAUCUCAGCCUACUUCUGUAUCAUAUGCUCCUUUCCAAACUACUGAAGAUGAUAGCAAGAAGGCAGCAGCAGCUGCCGUUGCUGCUAAGCUUGCUGCCUCUGCAUCCUCUGCCCAGAUGCUUACAUCUGUUCUUUCUUCUCUUGUUGCGGAAGAAGCUGCCUCCUUGAAUGGUAGCUUAAAUUCUACAGGAUUUUCAUCAGGAUUACCUAUUUUCAACCCAGAGAAAAGACCCAAACUUGAAAAACCAACACCUGCUCAUGAUGCUAGCAAUUAUGAUAUGGCCAACUCUCCCUUUUAUGCCACUAUGCAACAGCCAUCACUGGCAAAUGUACCACUUGCACCGUCAGUUGGCAUGCAAGCUGUGUCUCAAGCCAGUCAAUUACAACCUGCAUUUGCUUCACCACCCCCUCCCCCACUUCAUUCUUUGGCAAAUCAACCAUCAAAUCAAUAUGUCCAAUCAACUGGUUUGAUGGCUGGGGGAAUUCCUUAUGGAUACAGAUCAAAUAGCCUACCACCUCCACCUCCACCUCCUUUGCCGCCACACAUGGCAAUAGGUUUAUCAAUGCCUGGCACUCAACCAGCACAGCAGCAACAGCAGUCUCCACCGGGAUUUUACAGGCCACCUGGCAUAGGGUUUUAUGGGAAAAGCCACCCAUCAACACCACCACCAGUACCUAGGCAGUGAGCAUUAUUUCAAGAUCAUCUGACUACUUUGUUGCAAAACCUUCUUGUAGCAUGUUCCUCUGGGAAAUUGCUGUGAAAGUUGAGGAUUUUCCAGCAGGGGCUGUGUAAUAAUGUGAAUUGUUAGAGAAUUAGAUGUGGGCAGAAUUCAUCUGUAGCCUUGUACAACCCUGCCUUUUUAUUUUUAUUUUUAUUUUGCCUACUGCCUAAACUCGAAGUGGUAGGUUUUGACAUCAUACUGAUACUUGAGAUCUACUUCAGCAGUGUCAACUGUUAAAAGAAAGCACCUCCUUGGCCCUUAACUAAUUAUUCUGAAACAUCACGAAGCCCUUGUUAUGGUGCAUGUGGACAUCUUGUUUCUAUGAAGCUGUCUGUGGAGAUAAACAUUAGCAGAUCGUGUUAUUCCCCCUCUUGAUGAAUUUUCAGAGCUUCACCUUGCUCACAAUCUCGGAGGUUGGGUGUUAAUGUAGAUUAAUACCAACUGACAAAAUGUUGAUAUUUUUGACGUUGCCUGCUAGUGUCUGGGUGGUGUGUUAGGAUCUUUAUUCAUGCAAGAGAAAUGCACUGUAAUACACUCUUUUAAUAUUCUCUGUAUGAUACCCUCUGCCUUAUUAGGUGAAAUUCAUGUGAAUCUGCCUGAAUAUGUUAGUCAAUUUUCCAUUUCGUGGAUCCCAUUUCUAAA